CUCUUUGAGUAUCUCUGAAUGAGGCUGAACCCUCAUCCUCAGUAAACAAAGCCUCUUAGGACUCCUACGAGGAGGUUAAGUCAAAUGAGUUGAGAGGAGGUGGGACGGCUUUAGUAGAUGAAGUGUAAUAGGAAAUUAGAUUUGAGAAGAAUCUUUAAAUGCGUUGAAGAGGGCCAGGAAAUGGGCAGUUCACGUUUCAAGGGCGGGGUCUGCACAUGGUCUUCAAGAGGUUAAAUAUGAGGAGCUGAGCAGCCAUGAGGAAAAUCGGGCACCGGGCAGGAAAUAGCUGCUGAAGAGCCUUGACCCCCCCCUCCCUCCCGUGCAGCUGCAGUGGGAGAGGAAGUAGUUGAAGGCAGAGGACGAGCGCAGAGAGACAGAGACGGUCAUUGACGGUUGUGACAGCGAGGCUGGUGGAGCUGCAUGAGUUAAACGUCAGAUCCGUCUUCUGUCUGUCUAAACAAGACCGUCUCUCCCACGGGUGACAUGUCAGCCAAGAGACAACACACAAAGUGUUGUGAAUGCAGCGUGUCGCUGUCUCACUGGUAUUAUGAAAAAGAUGGACGGCUCUUCUGCAAGAAAGACUACUGGGCCAAAUUCGGGGAGCUGUGCCACGGCUGCAACGACCCGAUCACAACCGGCCUCAUCAUGGUCGCGGGGGAACAGAAAUAUCACCCAGAAUGCUUCACCUGUCUGAACUGCAGGACGUUCAUAGGUGAUGGAGACACAUACGCUCUGGUGGAGAGAUCCAAACUCUACUGUGGUCACUGUUACUACCAGACCAUCGUCACCCCGGUCUCUCUGCCGGACUCGCCGUGCUCUCGGAUCCCUCACACCGUCACACUCGUUUCCAUCCCAGCCUCUGCCGAGGACAGCAACGGACGCAGAGGACGAGGUUUCUCUGUGGCCAUCGAUCAGCCGCUCAGUCCGACCAACGGCUACAGUCCUGAACAUGGACACACUGUCAGAGUCUCCCAGGUGGACGAAGACUGCAUCAGUCCAGAUGUGAAAAACUCCAUUCAUGUUGGAGAUAGGAUCCUUGAGAUCAACGGGACGCCCAUUCACAAUGUCCCUCUGGAUGAGAUCGACCUGCUGAUCCAGGAGACGAGCCGGCUGCUGCAGCUCACCAUCGAGCACGACCCCCACAGUCAGGGGCAGGAGGGAGGCUCCUCAGAGGCUGAAGAGCAGGUGUCCACCCCACUGUCAGAGGGCCCCAGCCCCACCCUGCCCAUCACCCAGCCCCCCAACCCCGACAUCAGCUGCCUGAGAUCCCGCAUUAUCACGCGGAGCUACAGCAUCGAUAAGUCACCAGGCUCCAGCAAUGCGGCAUCCCCCAUCUCCCAGAGGAAGGACAUCAAUCGAUCAGAGUCGCUCCGCGUGGUGUCUAACCCAACGCACCGCAUCUUCCGCCCAUCUGAUCUCAUCCACGGAGAGGUGCUGGGAAAGGGCUGCUUUGGACAGGCCAUCAAGGUGACCCACAAAGAGACAGGGGAGGUGAUGGUGAUGAAGGAGCUGAUUCGCUUUGAUGACGAGACACAGAGAACUUUCCUGAAAGAGGUGAAGGUCAUGCGUUGCCUGGAUCAUCCCAACGUGCUGAAGUUCAUCGGUGUCCUCUACAAGGACAAGAGACUCAACUUCAUCGCAGAGUACAUAAAGGGUGGCACCUUGAGGGAAAUCAUCAAGAAAAUGGACAGCAACUAUCCCUGGAGCCAGCGGGUCAGUUUUGCCAAUGACAUAGCAGCUGGGAUGACAUAUCUGCACUCAAUGAACAUAAUCCACCGGGACCUGAACUCGCACAACUGUCUGGUCCGAGAGAACAACACAGUGGUGGUGGCAGACUUUGGGCUGUCUCGCCUCAUGGUGGACGACAAGCACGAGGAGAAGCUGUCGCAGGGUAAACUGACCGGCCUGAAAAAGCCUGACCGCAGGAAGAGGUACACGGUGGUGGGAAACCCUUACUGGAUGGCUCCUGAGAUGAUUCACGGGAAGAGCUACGAUGAGAGAGUAGACAUCUUCUCCUUUGGUAUCAUGCUCUGCGAGAUUAUCGGCAGGGUGAACGCAGAUCCAGACUACCUCCCCAGGGCGAAGGACUUUGGACUGAAUGUGUCUGGCUUCCUGGAGCAUUACUGUCCCCCAAAUUGUCCUCCCGCCUUCUUCCCAAUGGCUGCUGUGUGCACUGACCUUGAUGCAGACAAACGGCCUCCUUUCUCCAAACUGAAGGAGUGGCUGGAGAACCUAAAGAUGCACUUGGACAUUGGUCUGCCCCUGGUGUCUGAACUGGACCAGCUGCACAAGGCCUUCUGGGAGAACCAUAGCAGCAUGCGCCCCGAAAACGGCCUGCACACCCACCCUGAACAGCCGGAGUAGGGACGAGCACGGCUUUAGGAGUGGGAAAUUAGAGUUAACCCCACAAGGACGGCGAUCGCCAGCCUCGGGUGGUGCAGUGGCUGGAGGAGUCGUGGAAACACUCCUCAGUGUUUGAAGCUGCGAGCGUAGGCUGGCUCAGGCCUAACGAGUAGACUCAGGGGGAAAAUGUGGAUCUUGAAAGCCACCUGUUUGAGCUGCACACACACACAGACACACACACACACGUUCAAAGUCAAAUCAAGAGACAUUAACUAUGAUAGCUUGAUUCUGCUGCACCCGAAGCUAAAGUGGAACAUGUCAUAUGCAAUCUCAGACCCAACUUUUAAAUCACAGCUCAACUCUCGAAUCAUGUAGAUUUAACAUUAGUGCUCAUUGCUUUCAAGUAUACUUACUGUACUUACUGUAGUGUGUAUAUUCAUGUGGUUAGAACAGUCCGAAAAAACAAGGCACAAGUGAAAGCUUCAGCCUCUUCACUUUGGACCUCUACAGAGUACAUUGUGCGAUAUGUGUUUGCAGGUGUUUCUGUGUGAGUUUGGUUUGAUUUUACUUUCAGUUUGGAUAUUAGAAUUAGACUUAUGGGAAGUGCAAAGGAGGGGGAGGGGGCGUCAGAGGUGGAGCUCAAUCUGCUGUCCACAUAUACAAGUCAAACAAAACCUUUCAAGCUUUAAAUAGCUCGCUGAAGAGUGCAUGACUGUAAAUAAUGCUGUCAGAUCAUAUCCUGGUCCAUCGUGUCACUCUGGCCUCAUUUGGUCAUAAACUACUAGACUUACGUGUGUGUGUGUGUGGCGUGCGUGCAUGUGCGUGGCGCUGCCCCUCUCCCUCAUUUGUGUAGCGCUGACUUUCCAUCGGGGUACACAUCUUUUGCAUAAAUAUGGUACAUUCUGGCAUCCCAUAAUUUUAAGAGCUGGUAGCUUUCAUGUUGACGUGGCAACUCAUACAUUCAAACACAUACCAAUGAGUGUAGUUGGCGACGUUGUAAAUGUUUUAAAUAUUGUAAAUGUACAGACAUAUUUUAUAUACGUACGCUACAUCGCCAUAUUUUUAUUGGCCAACCAGUUGAAAUUAAGGAGAGUUGAAGUUUGACUGCAGGUUACAGGGCACGGCUGAAGACUUGAUUGUUUUGGGGUUUUUUUUUUCCUGUCCCUGUAUUGUGACCACUGAGACAAGUUUGAGGCUUUUUAAUAUUCGAGAUAAGAGGAAUCUCGUCACCACAGAUCAUCCCCUAACCUCAGUUAAAACCCAGUAAAUGUUUCAUCCUGUUGUGUCCCUCCGCCCAUAAAGUAUUUCCCAACACCUGUUUGUUCAUCUUGUAAGUUUUCGUGUACCCACAGAGAGGUGUGUGCUGGAGCAAACUGAAUUGAGAUCUUGUUAAAUUUGAUGCACUAAAUCUGUUGAUAGCUAUAUGUGACUGGAGAAUUUUUGAGAGCAAUCAGUCUGUUGUUGAUUUUUCACUCUCGCCUCAUGUACUGUACAGUAGUCCAGGUGUGGGACUAACCUCACCAUGUACUGUCUCAUCAUGUCAGCUGUCUGUCCUCAUACACGUCUCUCUCCUCUGGUAGAUGAACCACUGUUUGUUUUCAUGUGAAUUCUAGCUGUAAAUAUCACUGUAAGUAUGACUCUGUGCUUGCUUCCUGCCUUCCUGUCUGCGUGCACUGCAUAAAUAUGGACACUCCUCAGAAAUCUCUUCCACUGUCAACUUUCCCUCUUGCACCUUCUAAUAUGCAUUCUCUGUCUUUAGACUAAAAAUGUUUUUUUUUCCCUACUGUUUUUUAUUCACAAGCUGCAUGCUGUACUAGCUAGGUCUGUUCAGCUUCGAAAUCUGCUGAUUUUUUGUCUCUAAGUCAUGUCAUUGUAAAAAAAAAAAAAAAAAAGAAAAAAGAAAACAAAGAACGAAAGACAAAAAAGUCAACAGAGGAAAACAGGCAUAAAAUGAAAUGAGAAAAAAAAAAGAAAAAAUCCCACAGCAUCUGUUUUUUAUAUCCAGCCAACCGGAAUCUUUUUGUACUGAUAUGAGUACUUUAAUUUGCACUAUAUUACCAAAUGGCUGAUGGAAGCCAUAUUUGUUAAUUUCCUCUCUUGGGCUAACUUGUGAUAAGGAAAUAAAUUAUGUCGGUUCAGGUUGAUAUAUGAAUGCAAGACACUGAUAGAGCCUUUCAACUGUAAAAAAAUGGGAUCUGGGAAAUUCAUCCUCUUGAUAGCAAACUGGAUCGCAUGAGGAUUAGUGGCAUUUCUGAUUAUUGGUAUUUUUGUGCAGCGUUUAAAUACAGGGUGAGCAGGAACCUGUUUGAUCCCUCUGUGAUCUUAUUGUAAGUAAAAAUCAUAGCUACGGUGACAAAUUUAAAACACUGUCAUGCCCAGUUUUGCUACAAAGAGGAUGUGAUGUCUCAGCUCUGCCUGCUGCCUACAGACCGGUCCUUUGUGAAUGAUGUUCUGUGAUGUUUCUGACUGCCUGGUUUCAUAUGUGAUGCCCACAGAGGCUGCAACCACUUCUGGUCUUUCUGAUAAUAGAGCACUUAAACCGGCCUCUCUCACCUCUCACCUCCUCAUGACACUCUUUUGGCUCAGGGCCGCACUUUUCUAGAGUUUACUUAGCAAUUCAGUUAAUUCAGCAGCCUAAUAGGAAAGCAGCAUUCAACACUAAUAGUGAGACUCAAAGAGCACGUAGCAAUCUGUCACUGUAUAGGCUAUUUACACAAAAUAUGCUUCUGUAAAACAAGCCCCAUCCUGGUUGAUGUGCUCGUCAGUGGGCAUGUGCUGUACCCGAGUGGCUUUGCCAUGUUUCUGUCUCCAUUUCUGUCUGAGCCAUGUUGAGCACGUCAGGUGUGUCUGUGAGGGCGUCUUGAUGAUCAAUGAGAAUGUUGCCGCAGCACUUCUUUGCAAAGGAUCGUUACCUCUGAACAAUGCUGUGCCUUUGUUGUAAGCUAGCCUUGCCAACGACUCGAAAACGUGAACUGACUCCUUUUUUUAUGUAUCAUAAGUGCAAGCCUGAUUCAAGUGGAUGGAGUUACUAUGUUGUAUGAGAUUUCAUCUCGUUCUGUAAAAUAUUUAUAUUUUCCAGGUCUCCAUUGUCAGUUUUGAUAUUUUAAUAUUAUAUUUCAUUGUUUUUGUCUUAUUUAAUUUUUUUACACAAGCUGUGAAAAGAAUUCUGCACUUUAUUCCUGAACGUAUACAUUUAGACUCUGAGGAGGCGACUGUUUUGUUUUGUUUUUUUUCCCUUUUGUCACAGCUAAAAAUAAAACUGUUGCUUCUGAAACAAA